AGAGGAGGUGGGGGAGAAGGAGGAGGAGAGGAGAGAGUAGGCAAAAAGAGGGAGAGAGAGAGAGGCAGAAAGAGAGAGCGAGAGAGAGGUGGGAGGCAGGAGCGGUGUGUUUAGUCCGAAAGGUGCAGCCCAAUCUUAUCAGACUAUCAAACGGAGGUGUUGUGUCUUUUGUCCAGAAUAUACGGGGAAUUUCUCUCUCCUAAGCUGAGCCAUUCUACAGGAGUCCACCCUCUGUUCUUGACGCGUAAAAGAAGACGCUGCCUCUUUUACGCCUUGAGUCAUCACCGCCGGUAAGAAGGAUGAUAGUAGCGUGAAUAAUUCCAAAAAAGUACCACUACGGUCCACAGCGAAGGGAGGAGAGGAGACACAGUAUGAUUUGAGGAUGAUUUCUGCCAAGAAAACUCCGGAGAAGAGUCGUUAUCCUAUCCACUAUCUGGUGUGGCACAACAAACACCGACAGCUGGAGAAAGAACUGGCAGCCAACGAGCAGACUAAUCUAGAAACUCUGGACCCUCGUGGUCGAACUCCUCUCCACCUGGCUGUGACACUGGGAUACCUGGACUGCGCCAGAGUCCUGCUGCAGCACGGAGCAGACGUUAGCAAGGAGAAUCGCAAUGGAUGGACCGUUCUCCAGGAGGCGGUGAGCACCAGAGAUCCAGAAUUAGUGCGUCUCGUGCUCCGUUACCGUGACUACCAGAGGACUGCCAAGCGACUGGCGGGCAUCCCCGUCCUCCUGGAGCGGCUUCGCCAAGCCCAGGACUUCUACGUGGAGAUGAAAUGGGAGUUCACCAGCUGGGUGCCCUUGGUGUCACGGAUCUGCCCCAGCGACACCUACAGGGUUUGGAAGAGUGGUCAGUGUCUGCGUGUGGACACCACCCUGAUGGGCUUUGAACAGAUGACCUGGCAGAGAGGAAACCGCAGCUUCAUUUUCAGGGGUCAAGACUCUCGUGCAGAGGUGAUGGAGGUCGACCACGACAGGCAGCUGGUGUUUUGCGAGACUCUGCCCGUGUCGUCUCUCACUGCCCUCUCACCCGACCGGGGGAAUCCCUGCGCCUGCAGCAGCACCGCCACAAGUCUGGGUGUUCUGGGAGGGAUGCAGCCCAGUGACGAGCAGGUAGCAGCCAGACUGACCGCACCUGUGGUCACCACGCAGCUGGACACACGCAACAUCGCCUUUGAGAGGAACAGGACAGGAAUCCUGGGCUGGAGGAGUGAGAAGACGGAAACAGUGAAUGGAUAUGAAGCCAAGGUAUACGCCGCGUCCAACGUGGAGCUGAUCACCAGGACCAGAACGGACCACCUCUCAGACCAAAACAAGAACAAAUCCAAAGGUGGCAGAACUCCGCUACAGAACUUUCUCGGAAUCGCUGAGCAGCACAUGGGCCCAAACAACGGGGCUCUGGUCACUCAGAUGUCCAGUCCUGCAGUGACGAACCCCACACUGCUGACGGCCGAGGAGUACUUCAACCCCAGCCUGUCACCGACUCGUAGAGACAUCGGCCACCCGUGCCAGCUCACCACCAAGACCCAGAGGUUCAAAGCUAAGUUAUGGUUGUGUGAGUCUCAUCCUCUGUCCCUGGCGGAGCAAGUGCUGCCAAUCAUCGACCUCAUGGCCAUCUCCAACGCUCUGUUUGCUAAGCUGAGGGACUUCAUCACUCUACGUCUGCCGCCUGGAUUUCCUGUCAAGAUUGAGAUCCCGCUCUACCACAUCCUGAACGCCAGGAUCACCUUCAGUAACCUGAACGGCUGCGAGGAAGGUUUGAGCAUCCGCACCGACAACGAAGUCGGGAUGGAGGGGGACGGACAGAGGGAUGGUGGGAGGACAGAGACACCGUCUCCAGGCAGUGACUCCUCCAGUGUCUCCAGCUCCAGCUCUACAAUGUCCUGUCGAACGGGAGAGAUCGCCCCCUGUGUGUUUGAGCCUCCACCUGGAUACACCAUGCUCGGGGGCAAACAGAGGGAGAGCAUGAGGGAUGAGGAGGAAGACCUGCUGCAGUUCGCCAUACAGCAGAGUCUACUGGAGGCCGGCUCCGAGUACGACCAGGUGGGCAAACGGUGUCAAAUACCAAACCAUAAACACUUUGUGUCAGGGGUGAUUUGUCAUAUGUUAUGUCAUGAAAUAAGAAUGUUUUCUAAUAUACUAGUCCCGCCCACUUAUGUAUGUGGCCCCUGUCCUAAUCCAAUAAGAGAUUUUUUUUUUCGAUUCGUAUUCACCAAAGUAUUUGUUUCCCCUUUAUCCAGGACACCCCAACACAAGCCCCGCCCUGCGUCUGGCCUCUGCUCCACCCCCUCCAAGAAACAGCCAACCACCUGCAGCUAUGACGAGCAGCUGCGCAUCGCCAUGGAAAUCUCAGCCCGGGAGCAGGAAGAGGCGGAGCUGAGGCAGCGGCAGGAAGAAGAGGAACUGCAACGCAUCAUCCAGCUGUCACUCAUGGACAAAUGAGAGCUGGGUGGUCCAGUGGGACUGGGGUUCCUCGGGCCUGGUUGGUGAUUAAGGGGAGGGUGCUGAAGUGAGGAAUCAUGGGAAAAAAAGCCAAUUUAGGCUUGAUAAGCUAAGCACACAUCGCUGAGAAACAUCUUGGUUUUCUCCCAUCACCUCCGCCAGACCUCUCCCAUGAAGCCAUACAGUGACUGUCUGGACCUCAGACGGCCAGAUGGGGGCGCCAUGUUCGCUCUCUCUGGUACCACGUGGUACUUCCCUUGUCCAGUGCCAGUUUACAAACAAUGCAUCCAAUACAACCAGUUAAGAAUGUCUCCCUGGAUGAGUGGUUGGUGUGUGUCUGGUGCAAAGGCACACCGUGUGUGUGUGUGUUUGUGUGUUAAUGUAAUGUGUGUGUGUUUGUUUCAAAACCAGCUCUCCACACAGGAGUCAACAGCUCACCUUUAGUCCUGUAAAGACUCUUCUCCAGCACCGACACUCACCAAGUGUGUCGACGUCACUCCUGACUCUGAUGGUGGGGGGGGGGGGGGGGGGAGUGAACGAUGAGUCAGGACAGCGGUGAGACCACAAUACUGUGGGCUCCUCAGACAGUAUGUAAGAAAUGGACACAGCCAAUGAGAGUAGACUUAAAUGAUGAGUUGACGCCACACAUGACAUGCUUUCUGGUGCUAGAAAGAGUGAGAAUUACCUCUAGAAUCAGAGCCCGGUCCGGACGGUAGAAGAAGCGGUCGACGGAGGUGUUCACAAGUCGUCACUAAUCCAUGAUUAUUAGUCUCAACCUUAGUCAGAUGCAUACACGUUUAGGACAUGUCAAGGUCACCGGUUAUUACAUUAUCACUUACAGUUCAUUUCAAGUCAGCUGGACUGAACUACCGGGUCAUACCACCUUAAAAAUUUUAAGGUGGUAUGACAAAGUUGCUUAGGUGUAACGUUGUUUUUCGGAGAACUCUUAAACUAGUACUCUUAUCACUCAGUCAACAGCAACACUUGACUGAUGUUCCUAAAUCCUUCACAAAGACCACAGACAUUUCCUGUUGAAAAAAUAAAUCUGUGAAGUAGAAAGACGUCAGAGGUCGAGAGUGAAGGAUUAAAAAAAAAAGCUAAAACUAAAGGUCUGUUCACACCACUGUACUUCCACAGCGUCACAGGAGCCUGUCAUCCCAAGGUCGUGUCCAUUUCUUAUGUACAGUCUAUGGUUGUUUUUGAAAGGUUGGUUCGAUUGUGUUGAAUGCUAACAAAAAUGUUAUUAUUAUUAUUGAAGGAUAAGUCAAAGAAAUAAUAAGCAACAAUUUUUCAGUUUUGAUUUGCACAAACGUCAGCUGUACUGUACUGUACUGUACCGAGCUUGUGGGUGGAACACAUAUAAACACAUGACUGUUACUGGGUGUAGAUGAUGAUGAGGCGGAGGAGCACAAAGACGGCUCAGACUACGGUCCGGGUCCGGCGUUAGACUUUGAGCACAGAUGUGAUGAAACACUACCUGAUCGUGCUUUCUUUUCUGUGUGUGACUGCGACUGCUGUUUAAUCCUAAAAAAAUAAAUAAAGGGACAAUGCGUGUUGGCUUGUGCUUGUGAACCGUGGCGUUGCUGUGGAGCUGAAAAGAUUUCCUGUAAAUGACAUCUGCUCAGCUGUGAGGAGCAGACCCUUCACCUUUUUUUUUUCCUGUGUCAUCACCGUAUAGUGAGAGUGUCAGUGUGUGUGUGUGUGUUACCAACAUCACAGCAUGGUGUGCACCUGUGUGAGACUUUAGACCUGCAGUAUGUCAGGGUGCUACUGUUGGGUGUUUCUGCACAUUGAUGGAAAAAAAAAAUCAUGCAAAAAGUGAUUUAAAAAAUUUGGAUUGUAUAACAGUUAUAUAUGAGUAAAGGCAAGUUAGAGUUAAACACCGGUUAACAUACUGUAUAUUUGUUUGCCAGAGACUGACGGACUGAGGAUCAUUGAUCAUUUACACAUCAGCACAAACUCAGAGCCACAACGCUCUUAUUCUCUGUUUUUCACGACUUUAGUUGCCUGGUCAGUCAGAACACUUCAUCCUUUUUUACUUAAAGCUGUUGGGAAAAUGAGAUGUGAGGAGAUGUUUUCCCAGUGUUUGCUGAACUGAUUUCCAAAAAUAAACCACAAAUAAAAACA